AUGGAGAAGGCUACCCAGAUACUCAUGUUACUGUGUGCUAAGGCCUUGAUUGUUCAGGCUACGGAAACAUGUCCAGAUGUGAAGAUUGUGGGCCUUGGGGCUUCUGAAAAACUCACUAUCCUUCAAGGCUGCCCUGGACUUCCUGGAGCCCUUGGUCCAAAAGGAGAAGUUGGUCCUCCAGGAAUGACAGGGGAAAGAGGCCCUCCAGGGAGCCCAGGAGUGUCAGGAACACAGGGUCCCAAAGGAGACAAAGGAGAUCUUGGGAUGCCUGGAAGUUUAGAUGAGAAAGAACUGGAAACUCAGCUGUGCAAGACAGGAGCAAGAAACUGUAAGGAGUUGCUGGGUAGGGGGAAUGUCCUCAGUGGCUGGUAUACCAUCUACCUCUCUGACUGCAAGCCUCUUACUGUGCUGUGUGACAUGAACACUGAUGGAGGGGGCUGGAUUGUUUUCCAGAGACGGGCUGAUGGGUCUGUGAACUUUUUCCGAUCCUGGGCUGCUUACAAGAAGGGCUUUGGCAGCAGGCUGGGGGAGUUUUGGCUGGGGAAUGAUAAUCUUCACUUGCUGACAGCUCAGGAUGAUAGUGAACUCCGAAUCGACCUCCAAGACUUUGACCACAAUCACCACUUUGCCAAGUACAGGUCAUUCCAGGUUGCUGAGGAGACAGAGAACUACAAAUUGAGUCUGGGAGCCUUUGUGGAUGGAAAUGCAGGUGACUCUCUGAUGUAUCACAACUACUUUGGCUUCACUACCAGAGACCGGGACAAUGAUGCCUAUGAGGGAAACUGUGCCAUAUCCUACCAGGGGGCCUGGUGGUACAAUGAUUGCCACUUGUCCAAUCUCAAUGGUCAGUACCUUCGAGGGCCUCAUGAGAGCCCAGCUAAUGGAAUCAACUGGAAGACAGGCCAUGGGAACAACUACUCCUACAAAGUAUGUGAGAUGAAGUUUCGGCCCACUUAGCUCCCAGUGGAAUGGUGGGUCAUCUGUGAUCCUGUGAUCCCUGUGAUCCUGAAUAUGGAAGGGAGAAAAUAGAUCCCCCUGCCCCAGAUAGCAUUAUUAUCUAGUUUUUCAUCCUGAAUUGCUAGGUUCCCUGAGAUGAAUGAAUUAAAAAAAAAGAUUUAUGAAAUGCUUACUAUGUGCUAAUACAACACUAGAAUGAAGAGAGAGGAAAUGACUGAAUUCUAAUCCAACAUAUUAUCAUGCAAUAAGUGGGGCUAUGCCAGAGCUUUCUCUCAUUAUCCCUUUAUUUAUACUCACACUCACCUAGGAUAGGUCUUCUUUGUGCCUUGUCACCCUCAUUAGAUCAUUGCUGACAAGCUCAAGAAUGAUGGGGACAUCAAAAGCCAGGCCUCAGCAGGCUCUGUCUAUUAUUCAAAGCUUCCUUUAAAAAUCUGGGUCAUCUGAGACAUUUUUAGCUUUUAUUCUUAGAGGUUUGUUUAUAAUUGUUUAAUAUUUGAUCAAAAUAUAAAAGCAUCCAACUUUUUACU